AUGAAAUUUCAAUUUUUAAAUACUGCAGUACUAUCAGAAGAAAUAUUCCAAAAUGCUGUUUUACGUAUAACUACUGGUAAUAUUUCGAAAAAGAAAAGCAGGGAACGAUUAAUUGAAGAACACAAAAAACUAGAAUAUUUUGGUGAUAAAAAUGAAUAUGUUAUUCAUAACACCUGCAGUCAACCUGAUUUAAAUUUAAAUCAACAACUUCGGGUAUCCAUAGCAAAUUUACAAAUCGAUCGUAUGCUACCCAUCGAAAAAUUUUUGUUGUGUCGAGUGAUAACCAGAUUCACAAAAAUGAACGCUCUUUUAACCCUUGUAGAAGAUCCAGAGGGUAAUGUAGAACGACUUGCAUUGUACAAUUGGACAAGUCUACUCAAAGAUAAAGAAAAUCAAAUUGAUUGUUUAUCUAUCGACAAGUCAUUUCUGCCCAUAGGUACUCAACUUAUCAUCAAAAAUCUAUCUUAUAAAGUUGCUGCUGAUAAUAACACCAUAAUUUAUUCGAAUAAUCCUGAAGAUGUUGUCAUUUACGAUCAUAAUGAUAAGCUAUUUGACGAUUUAAAAUGGUCUACAGAUCUAUUGAAUGAUAAGGAAAUUAAAGAGAAAACUGCUGAUGAUUUCUACUGUUAUGGGGAUGAUGAUUUUGUUUCAAACGAUUACACUGCGGCUGUUGAUGAGUAUUCAAAUGGUAUCAAACUGGAACCACAAAAUGUCACAUUGUACGCUGACCGAGCAGAAGCAUUUCUGCGAUUGUCUCAAUUUCGCAAUGCUCUCGAUGAUGUAGAUAUAGUUCUUAAAUAUGAACCUGGUCAUCUGAAAGCAGCUUUUCACAGGGGUAAAGCUCUUUGUGACCUUAAGCGUUAUCAAGAAUCCAUUACUACACUUCAAGAUUUACAUCAAAGAAUGAAAAUCAUUACAGAUCAUAGGAUUGCUCCAAUUAGACAGAGUACGGAACAGUUGUUAAAACAUGUGAAAAUCUUAGCUUCUGAAAACAAGAAUGGACAAUAUGAUUAUACACAUAUUAUCAAUGAGUUUUGUGAAAGUGCUAAAAUUAGAAAAGGUCCAAGAUUAGAUCAUGCUGAUUUCUUAUUUGAAGAUAUUGAGAUUCGUCCUGUAGAAGGAAAAGGAAGGGGAUGGAUUGCAAAAUGUGAUAUUCCUGAAAAUACUUUGUUGAUGGUCUCGAAGGCAUUUAGUGUAGUAUAUAGUCAUGAAGUCCUUGGACGUUUUAUGAAAAGUAAUAUUCAAAAUAAUCAGACUACAUGUAUUGCAUCAUCUUUGUGUAAUGAAGAAUUAAUAACUCGUAUUACACAGAAACUUCUGACAGAACCUUAUCAUUGUCAGGAAGUGUACCAACUUUACAAUGGCUUAAAUUUAAACAAAACUGAUAAAAUUAACGAGCAUCUAGUGAAUGUUGAUUUAAUUGGAAGUAUUGUCAAAUAUAAUUCUUUUGCGUUGGAUAAUAAAAUUAUCAUUGAAAAUGUUGAGUUGAGUGGUUUGGGAUUAUGGAUUUUGCCAUCUUAUUUUAAUCAUUCAUGUAUUGAUAAAAAUGUAGCACAAUUUUUUAUUGGGGAUUUAAUGUUUAUUCGAUCUCUAAGACCUAUUUCAAAAGGAGAGGAGCUAAUUAUUAGUUACAGAAGUGCUGACAGCAGCGAAGAGAUACGAUUAAGGUAUCUUAAAUCAGUUGGAAUAGAUUGUCAUUGUCGACUUUGUAAGUUGGAUGAUUCUGAAUCACCAGAGGUUAAUGAUAGAAGAAUUCGACUUCUUAAUACUUUUGAAAAAUUAAUUAAACCUAGAAUAUUGAAUGUCGCUAAUCCUUCUCUCAUUAAAAGAUCAGAAAAGAUAGUUUCCGAAUUACAUAAUCUUAGAAAAGAACAACCAGAUCUAGAAUUUGAUACAUUAGAACUUAGUAAAAUUCUAGCAUUUGCUCAUCGCAAAAAUGGAAACUUAGCAGAGGCUCUUUCUAUCCUGAAAGAGGUAUACAAUAUAUAUAAAAAUGUUCAUCUGCAAAUCGUUGAUUGUAUCAUCUUUGAUAUCGUAUUAUUAUAUAUUGAUCUCAAGCAGAUGGAAGAAGCCAGAAAAUGGUUUGAUAUAUUGUUGAAAAAGUUAGCGGAACCUAUAUUAGGCAAAUUUAAGGAUGAUGAAAUUAAAUGGAAAAAAGAUGCAUUUCAUUUAACAGAAAAAAUUUUUCCAGUUAUGAACUCGAUCGCUAAAUGUUUGUGA